GAUGAAUGUCACGUCUUCAGCCUUGUCCGUCUCGCCUGUUUUCUAGUGUAGACAAGGCUGCCUCAGAUACGCUACUGCGACUCCGCACGAGUAUCUGGUAUUUCGCCUACACUACCCUGAAGAAAUUCGUUGCGAAUAAACCUCACUGAGACCGCGAAAGAAAAGGCCAAACGAACAUGGUCGUUCUAACGACCACACCGCGCAUCCUGGCGGCGGUGGCCACCCUUCCUGCAUCGACCCUUUCGUCUCUCAAUCUUGACCUCGACUCGAUACCUUCGACGCCCGGAGCACCGAUCGAGCACGCAACGCUCCUCGCCAUCUCGAAAGCCACGCGCUCUAGUCUGAACUCUCUCCUGCGUGGGACAAAGGUGUACACGCCGCCGCCUGCCCCGAAACCCGAACACACACCAGAAUACGUCGCCCUGAUGGCCCGACUGCGCAAGGAAGAGGAGCGAAGGGAAUACGCCCAACUCGUGUCGAGAAAGCCUGUAGACCUCAUCGACGGAGACACGGGCGACGACGAAAAAGAUGACAUAUCGCCUUCAUUAGUCUUCAACAUCCUUCUCAGCAUCGUCCUGUGUGCGGGCACAAUGUUCUACCUGACCCGUUGGUGGGCAAACGAUGGCCUGCGGGUCUUGGCCUCUCUGUCUACGGGCUUGCUGGUCGGCGUGGCAGAGGUCACGGUGUACGCUGGCUACUUGAGGAAAGUGAAACAAAGUAGAGAUAAAGAGCGGAGCAAGCGAGAGACGAAACAGUUCAUUGGCGAGUAUACCGGAGAACCGGCGGAACCCAUUGACCACAUGGCCUCGGUGGACAAGCAGGAGAUCUGGGGUCGAGGAAUCAACGGCGGAAUGAGACGACGAGUCAGGGAGAAAUGGGAAAAGGAGCGAGAAUCUGAAAAUUGAAACGACAACAUGGAAUUCAUAAAGAGUAAUAUAUCCCGGAAGGAUACCUCAUAAUCUC